UGGACUUUCAGUGCAGAUUACAAACAAGACUUUCAUCGACUAUCUCUUUGUGCUUAGUUUGGAAUUUGCGGUGUCCUUUGACCUGCCCAUGCAGAUUCUCACAGGUUUUGGAGAUACAGACUUGGAUUUGAGGCUGUCCAAUCCCCUGCAUUUGUUUCCGUUGCUUAAGGAAGAGAGAUUUGCCAACUGUCACAUAGUACUUUUACAUGCAUCCUAUCCUUUUUCAAGAGAGGCAUCAUACAUGGCCUCUGUUUUUCCUCAGGUCUACCUAGAUUUCGGAUUGGCAGUUCCUAAGCUCAGUAUCCAUGGGAUGAUAUCCUCAUUGAAAGAACUUCUGGAGCUAGCUCCCUUAAAGAAGGUCAUGUUCAGCACUGACGGCUAUGCAUUUCCUGAGACAUAUUACUUAGGUGCAAAGAGAGCGCGGGAAGUUUUAUUUUCUGUCCUACGUGAUACUUGCAUGUAUGGGGAUCUUUCAAUUCCCGAAGCUAUUGAAGCAGUUCAAGAUAUCCUUGCUGAAAAUGCAAUAAAACUCUAUAAACUUCACAUACCUGUAAAUUCCUCUUAUUCAAAUGGGGCCAUAUCUUACAACUCGCCUGGUUGGGGAAUUGACACCUCACAACAAGGUGUCAAACUUGUUCGCAUAUAUUGGGUAGAUGCUUCUGGACAGCACAGAUGCCGAGUGGUUCCGGAAAAGCGGUUUGAUGAUGUUAUUAAAAUCAACGGGGUAGGGUUACCAGUUGCUUGUAUGGCCAUAUCUUCACUGCUUGAUUGCCCUGCUGAUGGGACUAAUUUAAGUGGAGUGGGCGAGGUCAGACUAAUGCCUGAUUUAUCAACCAGGCAGACCAUUCCAUGGAUAAAGGACCAAGAAAUGGUUUUAGGUGACAUGCAUGUGAUUCCUGGGGAACCUUGGGAAUACUGCCCAAGAGAGACACUUCGUAAAGUGUCAAAAAUUCUGAAGGAUGAAUUUAACUUGGAAAUGAUUGCAGGUUUUGAGAAUGAAUUCUAUUUAUUGAAAAAUGUCAAAAGGGACGGGAAAGAGGAUUGGGUACCAUUUGAUGUUUCGCCCUACUCCUCAUCCUCGUCAUUUGAUGCUGCUUCUCCUAUAUUACAUGAAGUUAUAACUGUUCUUCAGACUUUAAACAUUCCAGUUGAGCAGCUGCAUGCUGAAGCUGGGAAAGGUCAAUUUGAGGUGGCACUUGGCUACAUUGCUUGCACCAAGGCUGCAGAUAAUCUAAUUUAUACUCGUGAAGCAAUUCGGUCGAUUGCAAGGAAACACGGAUUGCUGGCUACUUUUGUUCCAAAAUAUGAUUUGGGUGAUAUUGGGUCUGGAUCACAUGUACACUUAAGUUUGUGGGAGAAUGGUAAAAAUGUGUUCAAGGCAUCUGACAAACACUCUAAGAAUGGAAUGUCGAAAAUUGGCGAGGAGUUCAUGGCAGGGGUUCUUCAUCACCUUCCUUCUAUUUUGGCAUUUACAGCACCAGUUCCAAACAGUUAUGAUCGCAUACAGCCAAAUACAUGGAGCGGAGCAUACCAGUGCUGGGGUAAAGAAAACAGAGAAUCUCCAAUAAGAACCGCGUGCCCACCUGGAAUUGAACAUGGCCUUGUGAGCAACUUCGAGAUUAAAUGUUUUGAUGGUUGUGCAAAUCCAUACUUUGGAUUAGCAUCUAUAAUUGCUGCUGGAAUUGAUGGCUUGCGGAAUCAUCUUUUGUUGCCUGAACCCGUUGAAGAAAACCCUUACAACCUUGUUGGGAAACUGAAGAGGUUACCAGAGUCACUUGAAGAAUCGUUGGAAGCUCUUAAUAAGGAUGCUGUCAUGGAAGAUUUGAUCGGUUCAAAGCUUUUGGUUGUGAUCAAAGCAAUACGCAAGGCAGAGAUUGCACAUUAUUCUCAAAAUUGUGAUACCUACAAACAACUCAUUCAUCGGUACUAGUUUGUUUUAUUUCAUGGUGUGUUCUUAUGUCAUCUUCAUAGUUAGCAGGAUUUGGCUGUCAAGAUAAUGAAACUCGACCUUGAGACUUUUAUAGACUUUCAUUUAUGAGUUGUUUUCGAAAACUUAUUGUAUGUUUUGUUUCAUGUGUAUAACCUUAACUCUAUUUGUA